UCACGCAGGCUGCGCCGUUCGGCCCCAUCCGACCAGCGAUUUUGGAACUCCGGCCCGCCGGAGACACGGCCCACACUGACAACGAAAGCCCCUUGUGGCCGUGUCGUUGCCACGGUGCGACCUCCCGCCGCCGCGCCGUCUCUCGUCCCCUUCCAGCUCGCGCUCCUGCCUCCUGACAGUCGCCGGCGACGGACGGCCGUACUCAGCCGUGGCCCUCCUCUCUGCCGUGGCGACGCCGGAUGACCCGCGCCCACGCCUCCGGCAACGGGAAACGCUCGCGACUCGCGUCGGCCUUGACGCCCGCCUCCAUCGUCUUCACCCUCGCGACGCUCCUCGCCUUCGAUCGAGGUCUCCGCCCGAAGUCUAGCGCAGCUGGUGGCGCCGGGGCCUGAGCAGCAGCCCACCACUGCUACCACCAAACCCACCGUCUCCGGCCAGGCUACAACCGCAGGUCCGCAGCCGCUACCCGUUCGUGCGACCGCCAGCAACUACAAACCGUAGCUCCUCCCACGACCUCGCCGUCCUUCAGCACCUACCCCCCACCGCCGCUGUCCAAUUCGCCCCUAGCCUCUCCUCCGUGCUCCAUUCUCAUGUAGAUCCAAUCCGUUGUUGCUAGCUUGCAUGACGCGGUUCAUGACUUUAUGUAUUGCGUUCGGAUGAUGCUUCUGAAUUGUAGAUUACUUGCCUAAAUCAACCUAGAGGCUUGGCUACAAUUUUUUCCUUUUUGCUGAGCACUGCAAGCAGUUGAGGUGAAGAUGCUGAAGAACUUCUUGAGUCAGUCGUGGAGGAGAGGGGCACAUGCUCUACUGGAAGGAAAUUCAGCACCAGCACUAUAUACUUGUUGGGGUCGUUUUCAUAAUGGGCAGGUCUUAAGCUCUUCAAGGAGCUUCUUUGGCGUGGAGGACUUUGUGGAUGAAGACAACAGUAGACCGUACACAUACAAGAAAGAGAAGAGAUCGAAGAACCCACACAAGCACAUUUCUUUCAAGCAGCGCACCAUCGCAUACAUGGAGCCCUUCACGCUCGACGUCUUCAUUUCCAAGCGGUUUGUCUCGGCAUCCCUCACGCACCGUUCGACAUGCAGGCAGGUCGCAGUUGCUGGGACCAAUUCGAAGGAUGUCAAAGCGGUCCUCCAGUCGAGGUCCGACAUACCGGCCUGCCUGUCUGUUGGUCGUUUCCUGGCAGAGAGAGCGAAGGAGGCCGAUGUAUACACCUGCACAUACACGCCGAGGGAACGGGACAAGUUUGAAGGGAAGAUAAGGGCAGUUGUUCAGUCGCUGAUCGACAAUGGGAUCAAUGUGAAACUUUAUCUUGAUUGAGUUUGAGUUGUAUGAAUAACUCUUUUGGUACUCGCAAAUGAGUAAUCUAUUGCAUCUGUUCUGCAA